CACACAUCGAACGUUUGGCGCAUUCCAAAAAGAGCGCGCGGGUUCACAUAUGACCGACGUCAGUGCCGCCGCCACCACCAUCUCCAUGGACCCCCAAGGCGCCGUUGCCGUUACACCUCUACCGCAGGAUGCAAGUGGACCCCUCGGUGCAGAUGUCACUUCCUUGAAGGACGCAGCUGCAGGACACGACACCCCCAUCCCCACGGAACUGGUGUCGCCGGCCGUCCUUUCUACGUUGGAAGGAUCAUCCGACGACAUUCCCGUCGAGAAGAUGUCGCACAUGGUGGAAGAAAUCAAAGACAUUUUGACCUUGUCGCCGUCCAAGAUCCCUGUUCGCAAGGCGGCUGCAUCCCCGUCCAAGUUCGAGUUGGACAUGGAGCACACUCCGCCUCCCGCUCCCAUGGGCACGGAAGUAUCACCUGCGAAGCGCAAGUCCAUGUCACCAAGUCAAAAGGACGACAUGGCUAAUCGUCUCUACAGCAAAGCGAUGGAACUCAAAGAAAAACGCGACAAUCUGUAUCGACAACCCAAGGAAGAGUGCACGUUCAAACCCACGAUCAAUCGCACGCCGUCCAAGCGCGAAGAUGCGACGGAGAAAGAUCGGUUCCUGGCACUGCACGAGCAAGCCGAAGAUAUGGCGCGGCGGAAGGAGGAGUUGAAGCAGAAUCUCGAAGCGCAGUUCACAUACAAACCCGAGAUUUCGAACCUGUCCCGUCGGUUGUCGGCCCGCCACGACACCGACGUCUCCAAGUCGACGUCGCGCGUGGAAGAGUUGUACAAGAACCACCAGGAAAUCGAAGCCAAACGCGAGGAAAAGAAAAAAGAACUCGAGAAGAAGGAUGCCGUCGAGUGUACUUUCCAGCCCAAGAUCAACAAAAAGACCAAGUCGCCACCAAAGCAACAGCCGUUGUACGACGCCGACUUGCAAAAGCAAAAGCGGCUCGAAAAAGAGCGCAAAAAGGCCGAGCUCGAAAUGGCCGAGUGCUCGUUCAAACCGCACACGACGGCGACUGCCAAAGGCAAGGCCGCCGGCGGGGACAAGUCGUUCUUUGACCGGUUGCACGAAGCCGACAAGAAAAAGAACGAACGCCUCGACGCGUUGCGCAAGGCGAAAGAAGAUAAACUAGUCCAGGAGUCGACGUUCCGUCCGGCGAUCAACGAGCCCAAGCACCACCCGAAUGCGGCCAAAGCUGCGAAUAAGCCCGACAAAGUACCCUUCCACGAACGUCUCUUCAACAAGGAGUUGCAGCAAACCCAAGCGGUGGAGCGGGAGCAAAAGAAGCUCGAUUUGGAAUCCCAAGUGUGUACCUUCAAGCCCGAGAUCCUCGCCACGCCAACCACCGCGGGACUGGAGCGUAGAGGCAGCAUAUUUGACCGAUUGUACGACGAAACCAAGAAAAAGCAAGAAAUGCUCGACUUGGCCGAACAGGAAAAACUCAAAAAAGAGAUGGAAGAGUGUACGUUCAAGCCCCAAGUGUUGGUCGAUCCGGCGAUCAUCCUCAAGGACUUGCCGACGGAACCCGUGUGGGAGCGCCUCUCAAACGACAAGAAACAGAUCUUGGAAGACCGGGAAAAGCGAAAAGAACAACUCGAGCAGAAAGAGUGCACGUUCAAGCCAAACAUCCAAGGUAGCGCCGCCGAGUCCAACCGUCGCAUGAGUCUGCGUCGUCCAUCGUCGCCAACGCUUCAGAGAUCGCCGUCAAAGUGCGUGGACAAGCCAGUGGAUGCCGCGGAAGUCCAAGGCGUGGAAGGCCAAGUUGAGCCCAUGACGUCUGUGACAGGGGCCGACAACUCGGAAUCGAAAGCGAUUUUGAACAACUAUGACAACUGGGCCGCUUCGUUGGAGGAAAAGAUGCUCCAACUGCAAUAAGACGGUCAAUUCGAUAUAUCGUUAUGUGUUUGGUUACUUUAUUCCACUCUCGUUUGACAAUAGUACAAAU